ACAAAGGGAGUCCACAGCAUCUCCGGAUUGGCUAAGACCUGAAUCUUAAGCAAGGAAGUGCUAGAAUUAAGAUUGAAAAGCAAAGAAUUAUGAGGCAUGGGUUUGGCAUAUAUUCAAGUCAUCCAGUCUUAAGAAAACUAAUCCCUGAUUCUUUUCAUUGAUAGUCUGGUGAAAUUGACAUUGUGAAUCACAAGACAGGAGACAAGUGCAAUCUUAAAUUUGUUCCUUAUAGCUACUUCUCUCGGGAUGUAGCAAGAAAGGUGACAGGGGAAGUGACAGAUCCAUCAGGAAGAGUUCACUUUGCCCUUCUGGGGACGUGGGAUGAGAAAAUGGAUUGUUUCAAAGUACAUCCAGUCAUUGGGGAGAAUGGGGGUGAUGCUCGACAGAGAGGCCAUGAAGCAGAGGAAAGCAGGGUCAUGCUGUGGAAAAGGAAUCCUUUACCGAAGAAUGCAGAAAACAUGUACUACUUUUCAGAGCUUGCUCUAACUCUCAAUGCCUGGGAAGCUGGCACUGCCCCUACAGACAGCCGAUUACGGCCCGACCAGAGACUGAUGGAAAACGGGCGCUGGGAUGAAGCAAAUGCUGAGAAGCAGCGCCUGGAGGAAAAACAAAGACUUUCCAGAAAGAAGAGAGAAGCAGAAGCUAUGAAAGCCACAGAGGAUGGCACACCCUAUGAUCCCUACAAGGCACUGUGGUUUGAGCGGAAGAAGGACCCUGUUACCAAGGAGUUAACCCAUAUUUAUCGGGGAGGAUAUUGGGAGUGUAAAGAAAAACAGGACUGGAGCACAUGCCCGGACAUUUUCUGAAGCAACAGUAACAAAAAAGAGGAGGAUCCACAGGAGAAGAGGACAGAGGAUGUGUGGAAAGCUGGCAGUUGUGGCUCUCUCACCGAGUGCUUUCCUCAGAUUUGUCUGUCUUAACCAAUCAUUUUUCCCCAAUCAAUCACCAGAAGCAGACACCAGUGGUGGUGAUUGGCUGGUUGCCUUAGCUGAUUGAAACUGAAGUCGACAUACUAGAUACCUGUGUCUGUAAGGGAGAAGUUUAGUGGCUGAACGUUAGUGUUAUUCCACUUUCGCAAAGUCCAGUAUUCUUGACUCUUCCUUCUCCCUCUGCCCCCAUUUAAGAUGGUGUCAUUCACCCUCCCCUUGUAGUAUCCUGCUCAGCCAAGAUCUACAUUGAGAUUAUGAUUCAGGGGCAUUUUGGUGCUGUUCAGAGCAAGAGCUGAUUUUAGAAAUUCCUUUAAAAAGAAACAUAUAAGACUUACCAACGGAGGCAUCGUGAAUGAUUGUGGUGACAUGGCAUGGCAUUAUGAAAUGUGUUCACCAAUGGGGUCAGUUUACAGGGCGUCCAUGCGUAGAUAAUUGUGGUAUUGGGACACUUGCGAGAGGAAUUGUUCUGUAAGGUUGGAAUUUUCAGCAUUACAUUCUUGGAAGGUUCUGUCUUCACUUGCAUAACACACCCUUCUGCUCUUCUCCAUCCUCUUUGAUAGCAAGUGGAGGCCACUUCUGUCGUUGGUAGGAGGGUUGAAUUAAUCCUCACAAAGGGGUUUUACGGACUUCCUCAGGUGGAGAACUUCUGAGAACACGAGGCAGGAUGGAAAAAGAGUGCUAGCCACUUUCGCUUUCCCAGUUCCUCCUCCCCGCAUCCUUCAUUCCCUUUCUAGCUUCUCUUCUCUCUCGGCACAAUACCAGUUUGCGUCUGUGCCCCAGUAUGGAGCAAAACAUUACCUAUCCCAUUCUGAUUCAGAAUUUGAGAGAAGAAGUUAGUCUGGAAUAAAAGUUUUCACCAUCUCUCAAGCCCCAUGGACUGGAGCCACCUCUGGAAUAAUGUGUUACAUAUCUGUAUAUUAUAUAUAUGUAGAGAAAAAUCUAAUUUUUUUGUUUAAUUUUCCUUCUUCCCAUUAAGAAUCUUGUUUUUUGAUAUCACUUGUCUCCCUGGAACUCUCUUGGACACAUUGAUGUGGAUUGGAGCCUGCUCUGCUUUCCAUCUGUGAGGGGCAGACAGACUCAAAACCUGAGCAGGAUCGUGUCUGGCACUCACCGAACAGGGCCUGUAUCCAUGGUUUGUAUCAUGGGGUGCCCACUGCCGUCUCAACUCUGCUCUCCUAAUUACCUGACUCUUGAAAUGGAAUCUUAACCUCUUUCCUGCCUUUUUUCCUUCUUUUGUUAGGAAGAAUAUGGGUAGAAAGUCAGGAGGGUAAUUUCCAGUUUAAUUCUGCCUCUGUCCCGGUCACAGCACACACAGCCGAUUCCCAAAAGAACCUUCUUCCCAGGAGAUGGGGCUCCAAGCACCAUCAUGUGGGCAGGGAAAGAGGAUGGCUUUGGCGGGGCCCUGGCUUCCUUCCUUCUGUGUUCUGUACUCGUUUUAGCUGUCUUGUUCAGAACUCUGACCCCCUGUGCAACCCACCCUUGGUUGAGGAUCACAAAUUGAGGUGCCUUCCUUGUAUGCUUUCUGUUAGCGUUUUCUGUUUCUGUUCCUUAACUGCUGAGCCUCAGCCAGUGUGGGUCGUGAGGGGAAAUAGCAUUCCAGAGGAAGCCAGCCCUCCGGGACAGCUGGGUUAUCCUGGGUAAAUUAGUACUCUCAUUCCUUCCCCGCCAUCCCUCCCUUCCUGGCUGGGAUGAACUUGAGAGAGAGGGAACUGCUGGGGAACUUCCUCCUAAGGACCCGAUUCCCUACAUAAGCAAGGGUGACAUAAGCAAGGCUUACGCUGGGGCGGCUUUCAAGGAGGUCGGUAAAAGCACUGACCUAGUCAGGGGCUCCAGACAGAGUGGGGAUUCCCAAACUAAGCUGAACUGCCUUGCUUUAUCCCCCUUUUCUUCCUCUACCAUCUGCACUACAUUUCUGGCCUGAUCCCUAGUCAGAUUCCUGCAAAUGGAAGAAGCUUUGAGUCCUUCAGGUGAAAUAAAGUCACAUGAAAACAAAACAAAACUA